UGAUGUCAGACUCAUCCAGUAGAUCGCCGAACACAGAAAGCAGCAAGAGGAUCUGAGCUCAAUCGUUAACGCUAUCUUAUUCACAUCUGUCUUCAUCCGCAGAGAAUUAAAGCUUAUCGAUAACAAAAACGUCGAGAGCAAGAAGUACACACUUGUACAUUUCCAACAAGCGCAGUAUUGCCACAAUAUGAGACUCGAGCUUUAUACUUGAACAUUUUUGGAUAUUUUGGAGCUAGCGAGUUCGCUUGCUAGCCGACCACCGAUUGCCAUGGAGUUGAGAGUGGGAAACCGAUACAGACUGGGCAGGAAAAUUGGAAGUGGAUCAUUUGGAGACAUUUACCUCGGUACGGAUAUCUCUGUUGGAGAGGAGGUAGCCAUCAAAUUGGAAUGUGUGAAGACCAAACACCCACAGCUCCACAUAGAGAGCAAAAUCUACAAGAUGAUGCAGGGUGGAGUGGGUAUUCCGACAAUAAAGUGGUGUGGCGCAGAGGGCGACUACAAUGUGAUGGUGAUGGAGCUGCUGGGGCCCAGCCUGGAGGAUCUGUUUAACUUCUGCUCUCGGAAGUUCAGCCUCAAGACGGUGCUGCUGCUGGCUGACCAGAUGAUCAGCCGUAUUGAAUACAUCCACUCCAAGAAUUUCAUCCACAGAGAUGUGAAGCCAGACAACUUUCUGAUGGGGCUGGGUAAGAAGGGCAACUUGGUCUACAUCAUCGACUUCGGCCUGGCCAAGAAGUACCGCGAUGCCCGCACACACCAGCACAUCCCCUAUCGUGAGAACAAAAACCUGACCGGCACAGCCCGCUAUGCCUCCAUAAACACACAUCUAGGCAUUGAACAGUCCAGACGGGACGAUCUGGAGUCGCUGGGAUAUGUUCUCAUGUACUUCAACCUGGGUUCUCUGCCCUGGCAAGGCCUCAAAGCCGCUACCAAGAGGCAGAAGUACGAACGCAUAAGUGAGAAGAAAAUGUCCACGCCCAUUGAGGUCCUCUGCAAAGGCUAUCCAUCGGAGUUUGCCACCUACUUGAACUUUUGCCGCUCGCUGCGGUUCGACGACAAACCCGACUACUCGUAUCUCCGCCAGCUGUUCAGGAACCUCUUCCACAGACAGGGCUUCUCCUACGACUAUGUCUUCGACUGGAACAUGCUCAAAUUUGGUGCAAACAGAGCUGUGGAGGAUGCAGAGAGGGAGCGCCGAGAGCGGGAGGAGCGGCUGAGGCACAGUAGGAACCCCGGGGCCAGGGGCAUGCCCUCAGCCUCAGGUAGAGCCAGGGUGGCUCAGGAAGUGGCAGCCCCUUCCCCACUCAACCCAGCAGCACACCCAGGUGUGGAGAAAGAGAGGAAAGUAAGCAUGCGUCUUCAUCGUGGAGCACCUGUGAACAUCUCAUCCUCGGACCUGACAGGACGCCAGGACGCAUCCCGCAUGUCCGCCUCACAGGCUCUGUCCCGGGUCACACCCAGCGGCCUCCAGCCUGCAGCUCCACGGUGAAACCCUCCCAUUAACCCAUGCACCAUGGAGGCCUCAACAUAUACCACUUUCCGCCCACACACUCACACACCCGCACACACACAAACACACACACACAGGACUCUUAAAUGACACAGCAGAGCUACCAACCAGUGCACAAGAGUCUGGCUGUGCUCUUGUUUACUUGACAGAGGCAGAGUUGCACAGCCAGGAGUGUGCGAGUGUGAGAGUGAGAGUGAGAGAGCAGGAUGGGUGGAGUGCAGUUUGCAUUAACCACCUUGGCAAAGGUGCAGCCACAGCCUCUAUUCUUCUUCUCCCAUGGAAGAUGUGGAAACACUCCCCCUCCUCCUUGUUGAUAAAGCCAUGGAGUCAUUGUUCUCUGGCACAAUUUUUUUUUUUAACUUUGGUAUUCCUUUUUUUUUAUUCUUUAGCAUUAAAACUUCUCUUACACCAGCUCCACUGGCCCGACAUGACAAGAGUUUGAAAAUGGAGGAUGAGUCUCUUAGCUAUGAAGUCAAGAGAACAUGUGAUCCAUUGUGGCACUUUUAAAAGACAGCACCUCAACUUUGUCCUGAAAGACUUCUCAAAUCCUGAAAGUCAAUAGUCUCUCUCUUGUUCUCUUUUCCUUUUUUUUUUUUUUUUUUUUAAGGUGUUUGAGGUUUGACUUUAAAGUUAGGCUGACACCCAUUGUUUUUAAAAUGGGACAAAAGGCCUUUUAUCAUUCUGUUUUCAAAAGUGAUCCCAUAGUUAAAGGGGUUUUUGUUGUUAUCCUCCUCAGGUGCAUUGGAUCCAGGAUGUUGUAGUAAAUAAUAUUAAAAAAAAACAUGCAGCACAUUUCUCUCUGUCUUCAGGUUAUGUGCUGCUAGGGAAAGCUGUGACUGGGAUGUUAAAAUAGCUGGGAUCUCCAUCUGUCCACUGAACGGAUGAGAUCUCCUUUCUAAACCAGGUGCAUAGUGAUGUGUUUUUGUGUGUGUGCAUUUGUGUGGUUCUUUCUUAGGGUUAUACAAGCGCAAAGUGGCGGGGAUGAACAUGUUAAUUUGUCCUGUUUUGAACUCAGUUGUCUCCUUGACCUCACUCCAGACCAUCUGUCUGAGUCCAUUUUGAGGCAAAAUGCAGUUUGCUUUUACCUAGAUCUUGCAAACCUUAUCAAAAUUUCAGCAUAUUGUAACUUGCUUAUCUGGAUGUGGCUUUCUAGUACUUGCUCAGGAGGCACUACAAACAGAAAGCUAAUGCCAAGACGGCAUUAAACUGUACAACAGUGACAAUGAUGUUUAAUUUGUGACAGUGUGCAGGAUGUGUUAUAACCGGGUAAUGGCCCAAGCCAUUAUUUCUAACCUUGAUCGAAAUCACUUAAUAUCAUGUAUGUGCCAUUACACAAUAUUUUACUACAUCUGAACUAUGAAAACUUUGGUAAAGAGAGUCAGUUUAGGUGACAUGUCAUUGUCAGUGGACAAAUUUAAAGGCAAACUCCACCAAGUUUACACAUAGAUAUCUGUUUCUUAGGCAUGAUCAGACAGAACACAAUAAGAUGAGAGAUACACAGGGACAAAAAAAAAAAUCAUCAGGCUUAAUGUGAGCAGCAGAAGUCAAUUAAAACAUGGAUCAUACCUGCUCGGUCAGUGCUAAUCCUAAAUUGUCAGAUUAGGGAUAUCCACCUUGGCGUGAUGAGAGAAUCCAGGCAGAAAAUGGACAGUGUGCUUUAACGACAGGCUGAAUGGAGGUGAGGAGGUCUUGGAGAGCCAUGGACUGAGUGUAUGGCUGAGUCCCAACAAUACCGGAGCUACCAGCCUCACAUGGCUCUUCUCAGUGACUUGUAUUUCUGUCAAGAGGAGAUUUGAUCAGUGCAGCGGGUUGAACUGACCAAUUUUGACCCUGACCUGCCAAUUUUGAAGUAGAAAAUUCUUAAAUGUAUUAGACUGGUUGCAAAGUAUUGUAGGGAAUUUUCUGUAGUUAAGGGGGAAGAGGGUGUAGUGCUGAUUUGUACAUGUUUUGUUAUUGUGUGUUGAAUGUGCCUGCUCUGCCGACCAUUCUACAUGAGCUACUGUACGGUUUCGGAUGAUGAGUGUGUGUAGGUGUAGGGACUAGGAAUGCCUCACUUCAUUAGGCAUAAAAAAAAGAAAAAAAUGUAAAAACCCAGACUUGAAAAA